AUGACAACCAGUGAUGGCGUCACUCUUCGUCAUCCGGGCAUAUCCAUAGCUGAUAUUCAUCCACGUUUAGAUAUCGAUACAAUAUCAAUUCUUAGUUCUCAAUCAGAUAGUAUUCAACAUCUAUCUUAUCUUGAAUCUGACGAUGAAGGUAAAGGCUUAGUUAAUUCAAAUACAUCGCGUUUAAAUGACACAAUAAAUCAAACGUAUCAACCAUCAGCUUUAAAAAAAGAUUGGAUUGUCUAUUUAACAAAACCAACAAAUGACAAUCAUGAUAAACAUCAUCAAAGUUCAAGUGAUAAUGAAUCAUCAUCGUCAAUAUCUGAUGAUGAUGAAAGUGAACAAGAUUACAUUGAAGAUCCAUGGACAAUAAAUGCAGUGCAACGUGAAUAUUAUACGAAGCAAUUUAAAAAUUUACAAACAGAUACCAAUAAAGUUAUAAAUGGUCAUAUAGCAAAAGAAUUUUUCGAACGAUCAAAUUUACCAACAAGUGAAUUAUCACAAAUCUGGAAUUUAUCCGAUGUUAAUCAUGAUGGCGCAUUAUCACUGGGAGAAUUUUGUACAGCUAUGCAUCUUGUCGUUUUACGUCUAAAUGGUUUUCAAUUACCCGAUGAACUUCCACAGCAAUUACAACCGUUCACACCACUUAUUGACCUAUCGGAUGCGCCAUCAACAGAGAAUUGGGCAACUUUUCAACCUACAACUGAUUCACCAAAACAAUUUACUGUUACACAGCCCGUCGUUGAUAACCAUCGAGUUGUAGCGCCUGUAGCUGUUCGUCUCUCUCCUCCGCCACCACCCGCUGUCCAAACAACUAAACCACCUCCACCUCCACCACGUGCACCUGGUCGAACUGCAUCGAUUGAUUUUUCUCAACAGCCAAUUCUUCCACCUCGAAUAAAUUUUCUUGACACUCCUCAACGAAAUAAUAGUAAUAACAAUCCAUCAGCCAAUACAACACCCUAUUUUUUUAAUCGAACACAACCAACGAUUCCUACAACAUCUCAACAACCAUCAGAUCCGAAUAUUCUACUUGAACAAAUACAUGAUUUACUUAAACCAGAUCAUCUACAAGAAUUAUCAUCGAUUAUAUCAACAUCAUCAAUAUCGAACGAACAAGUUGAUACAACAUUGAGUCAAUUAAAAGCUCGUAAUGCAAUACUUAAAGCACAUUUAAAACAUUGGGAAGAUGAACUAACGGAUUUAAUUGACAAACGAAUUUCAUUGGAACAUCAAAUUAAAUCUCAAUAA